AUGUCGUCUAGCGGGGGUGCAUCUCUCCUACCGGAGAGCCAGGCUCCUACAGUGAAGGGUGUGAUGUGGACGAUGUCGAUGGUUCCUUUGGUCUUCGUUUUCCUGCGCUUGUAUGUGCGAGUAUACAUGCGGAGAGUGUUUGGCUGGGAUGACGGCAUUGCAAUCGCGGCAAUUGGUUGUCUGAUUGGAUACGCUGCUGUCUCCCAUGUCGCUGCAAACCUGGGAUUAGGGCAACACCUUGAAAUUGUCCAGAAAAACCCCGAUAACCUCAUCCAGGUGGCGCUCUUAUGCAACAUUGGCGAAUCUCUGGCAAUCAUUGCAUGCACCCUCGGCAAGACGUCCUUUGCUGUCACAUUGCUUCGGAUCGUGGUCCGCAGAUGGAUGGUUAUUUUGCUAUGGUUCGUGAUUGUUACAAUGAACAUUGUCAACAUCUUGGCUGCGCUCUUUGUCUUCCUGCAAUGCAAAGAUCCUCGGCAUCUGUGGAAUCCGAUGAUCCCAUCGGAGUGUUGGCCGUCGCAUAUCUUUACGCAUUUCUCUCUCUUUGUUGGUGCUUAUUCUGGAGCACAAGAUUUCGUCCUAGCCCUGCUACCAUGGACGAUUGUGUGGAAUUUGCAAAUGAAGAAGAAGGAAAAGCUUGGUGUGGUCGUUGCAAUGAGUCUUGGAAUCUUUGCAGGCGCAGCAUCCAUAGUCAAGACCAUCCACCUCGUGGCCCUCUCAGCCAAAUCCGACUUCACAUGGGAACUCGCUCCCUUAUUAAUCUGGGCAGCAGUUGAAGACGGUCUCGCUAUCACCGCUGCAUCUAUUCCCGCGCUUAAGCCUCUCUUGACAAGGAUGUUCCCCAGCACAUCAGCGGACAGUUAUAACAUGAUCGCGUAUCCAAAACAGCCCCCCAGCCGCAAGAUAUUCGACAACUCCCAGGGCGAAACGCAGACGGAUAUUGGACACACGAGUGUUCAUGACACGGGAAGUCAAACAGCGAUCCUAGAGCCUAUCGUUCCAAAGGGCGAAAAUAUCAAUAUGAUAACCGAGGUGUCGGUGACCUAUAAUCACGGCUCGUGA